AUGGAAUCGUUGCCAUAUCCUUCCUUUGUCUCUCAAGUCCCAGUCGAUGCCUCUCAAAAUCGUGCUGGUCUGACGGCAGUGGGAAGAUGCCGAAUCAACCCAGAAGUCGCCAGCGACGAGUAUCGAGCCAUUGUGGCCAAGAACGCGGAACAAGCCAAGGUGGACACCAACAGUGGUGGUGGCGAUAAGGACGCCCAGAAAAAGCUCAAGAAAAAGUACAUGAAAGAAGGCGUGGCAAUGGCCAAGAAAUUCUUAAAGGCGACUCUGCAAUUGGAUGUCAGCGUCGUGGAAGUGGAAAUAGUCGUGGCGCCGAAAGAUUUGGUGGACACGGAUGGUUGCUUGGCAGCCUGCUUGUUGGAUGCCGGGUGUCAAACAAUUGUCACGGAUGGAACCCAGCUGGAAGCUAUGGACGCGGCAAAAAUCCCACGGGAGCGACUGGCGGCCCAUUUUACGGGUGCAGACAACCUAUGCCAGAAAUUCGAAGCGGCUGCUCCACUGGCCAGUUCUGUCAGUGUGGAAUUGGAUGCCACCAGCAGUAGUACCUUGGAAACCAUUCUAUCAGUUUUUGAAUCUACAGCCAACGUCGUCAAGGAACAUUCAUUGGAAUGUGUGGUGCAAAUUGUACCCUCUCAAGAUGAAUCACAGCUGGAAAGUUUGAUGAGUGAAAUUCAUGCCAAAGCACCCAAAGGGAAAAUCGCCUUGGUUGAUCCCACAGCUCGACAACUUGGCUUAAGCUAUGCUGCCUACAUUCGCACGGAUCGAGAGGAUAAACUCUACACAACCGUGGUCUGCACUCGCAAUGGAGAGGCUCUGGGGUUGGUUUACUCUUCCAAGGAAUCUAUUGUGGCAUCUCUCGAAUGCGCUCGUGGCGUGUACUACUCCCGGUCCCGCAAUCAACUUUGGCGAAAAGGUGAUACAUCGGGCCAUUAUCAAACCCUCCAUCGAUUGGACAUUGAUUGCGACGGAGAUGCCAUCAGGUUUACCGUGACGCAACGAGGCGAUGAUAAGGCUGCCUUUUGUCAUCUCAAUACGUUGACAUGUUGGGGCAAUCCCCGUGGUGUUCUGCAUCUGCAGGAAACACUGCAGGAUAGAUUCAAAUCCGCGCCCGAGGGCUCCUACACGAAACGCCUCUUUGAUGAUCCCAACUUGUUGCGAGAAAAGUUGGUGGAAGAAGCUCAGGAACUUUCGGAAGCUACGGAAAAGGACGAUGUUGCCGGGGAAUUGGCCGACGUUAUGUACUUUGCAAUGGUUCGAGCCGUCGCUGCCGGUGUUACCUUUGACGAUGCCAUUGCUGAACUAGAUUCCAGGUCUCGGAAGGUGACGAGGCGACAGGGAGAUAGCAAAGCAUAUCGUACCGAGGUGGCCAACAAGAUCUUGGAGGGAAAGUAG